GGUGAAUGAGGGGGUUUUAGGGGAGUUCGCGGAGGCUGCAGCGGAGAGUGUCGGUUGUUUUCUGUGGAGCUCGGAAAGGCGACGCCGCUCGCCUGUUCGGAGACAUGUCGCCGCAGUGAGAGGCGUCGAUGAACGCGGGCUUUUAUCCGAACCAACGGGCUCGGUUUGCAUGCUGUCCGACUGAACCGGACCAGGAAGAGGGGAGGGAGAGCACCGGCAACAAGUGGACACUUCUCCUCCCCAUCAGCAGCGAUGGAAGAGCACAAGGAGCCGACGGAAGACGAGAGCGGCGCGUCGCUGUCGCCGAACCUCCCGUCCCCGGCCCUGAUCCUGCCCCACCACCAGGCCGCCCAGCAGGCCCACAGAACCACGAACUUUUUCAUCGACAACAUCCUGCGGCCGGACUUCGGCUGCAGGCGGGAGCCGAGCUGCCGCAGCCAGAGCCUGCCCGCCGGCGGCCUGUGCCUGGACUCCAGCAGCGACAGCGCCGCGUCGUCGCCCUCCUCGUCUUCCGCCGCGUCGUCGCCGAAGUCGCAGCAGAGCUCGGCGAAGCAGGGCGAAGCCGCGAGCCGGUACUCGGACAGCCCGUCGUCCAUCGUGGUUCUGAACGGCGGCACCGGAACCCCUCCGCCGAUCACCAAGGAGUCGCAGCCGCUGCUGUGGCCCGCCUGGGUCUACUGUACCCGGUACUCGGACCGGCCCUCAUCUGUUUCCACGCCAGGCCCAAGGACACGCAAACUGAAGAAGAAGAAGAGCAGCAAGGAGGACAAGCGGCCCCGGACGGCGUUCACGGCCGAGCAGCUGCAGAGACUCAAAACCGAGUUCCAGGCCAACCGGUACAUAACAGAGCAGCGGAGGCAGUCCCUGGCCCAGGAACUGAACCUGAACGAGUCCCAGAUUAAGAUCUGGUUCCAGAACAAGCGGGCCAAGAUCAAAAAAGCCAGCGGCUACAAGAACGGGCUGGCCCUGCAGCUCAUGGCGCAAGGACUUUACAACCACUCCACGACCACGGUGCAGGAAGACAAGGAGGAGAGCGAGUGAGGGGCCCGGACUCUGACCCUCAGGGGGCCCCACGGACUCUAUACUGAUGGAUACCAGUUGGGCGGGGAGGCGGGGAAGAACUGCUAUUUAAAAAAACACAGAUUGCUGUUUAUGGUAACAGUAUAUGGACAUAAUUAUAUAAUUAAAAUUUAUAUAGCCACACAGUUAUCAUGUUGUACCACAGCAUAACUUGAUUUCAGGAUCAUUUCUCAAACAUUUUUUAAUCUUAUUUUAUUUUUCCCCCCCUGGUUUUUAGGAUGUCUGGUUUUUUAUAGAUCCAUCGUGACUUCCUGUCGUUUUCAUUAAACAAGAGCAGUCCACAGACUCAAAACAAGCCAAAGAUUUUAAUAUGUUCACAUGUAGUCUAAAAUAAAAAUAAUAAUAAUAAAAAAAGAGAAAAA